GUAUGUAUCUUCCUAAAGAUUGCCUAACGCCAUAGAAGAAAUCCCAUGAAAAGAGCCAAAGAUGAACCAACAGUCUUUCGAACACAGCCUCUCAGAGAGAGAAGGAGAGAGAGAGCGAAGCGCGGUAUAAAGGAAGACCAAAGGCGUUGAGUAGUUCUCCACAGCAGUGCAGGGAAUAACAGUUAAUACUAUAUAUCAAUGGCUACGGCCGGCCAGCUGGCAAGGGCGGCGGCAGAUCUGCGCGCAAUAUUCGCCACCGGCAAGACCAGGUCUUUCGAGUGGCGAGAGUCUCAGUUGAAAGCUCUUCAAGAGAUGAUCGCUUGUCGUGAGAAGGAAAUCCUCGAAGCUCUGCGCUCUGACCUCAAUAAACCUGAAUACGAAGCUUAUCUUCACGAGAUUGUUGCAGUAUCUUCCUCGUGCAAUUUCGCAUUGAAAAACCUACGCCAGUGGAUGACGCCGGAAAAGGUGAAGACCUCAAUGGCCUCAUUUCCAUCAUCGGCGACGAUAGUGCCGGAGCCACUUGGAGUGGUGCUUAUUAUAUCCACUUGGAACUAUCCUUUCUUAUUAUUGCUGGAUCCGCUCAUCGGUGCAAUUGCAGCCGGAAAUGCUGUAGUUUUGAAGCCAUCGGAAGUUGCCCCUGCCACAUCCUUUGUGCUGUCGACGCUUCUCAGGGAGUACAUGGACACAUCGGCUGUGAAAGUCAUCGAAGGCGCAACACCACAAGUAACUGCAUUGCUUGAACUGAAAUGGGACAAAAUAUUCUUCACAGGGAGCAGUAAGGUAGGAAGAGUUGUGAUGGCUGCAGCUGCAAAGCAUCUUACACCUGUAGUGUUAGAACUCGGAGGAAAAUCUCCAGUGGUUGUGGAUUCAGACAUCGACUUAGAAGUUACAGCACGGCGAAUCAUCUCCGGGAAGUGGGGCUGCAACGCCGGACAGACAUGCAUUUCGCCGGAUUAUAUACUCACUACAAAAGCAUGCGCGUCGCAGUUAGUUGAAGCUCUUUCGUCGCAACUAGAGAAGUUCUUCGGGGAGGAGCCUCUGCGAUCCAACGACUUGGCGAGCAUCAUAAACUCUAACCAUUUUGAGCGCUUGGCUAAGCUGUUGGAUGACGAUAAAAUUGCUGGCAAAGUUGUUUAUGGAGGCCAGCUUGAUGGAGCCAAUCUGAUCGCCCCCACAGUUAUAUUAGAUGCGCCACAAGACUCCUUGAUCAUGAAUGAAGAGAUAUUCGGUCCUCUGCUUCCAAUUGUCACGGUAAAACUCAACGAUCAUCUGCUAUAUAUCUGCGACGCGCCUUAUAUUGUAACGAUCUGCUCUGUCGAUUCGAAGGUGAACAAAUUGGAGGACUGCAUUAGCUUGAUCAACGCGAGGGAAAAGCCUCUCGCGGCGUAUUUAUUCACAAACAACGAAAGAUUCAAGGAGGAAUUCGUGAGAGGAGUCGCAGCCGGAGGCAUGGCCAUCAACGAGACAGCUCUGCAAUUCGCCGAGCACGCAUUGCCAUUUGGAGGCGUGGGAGAAAGUGGAAUGGGAUCGUACCACGGGAAGUACUCGUUCGAUGCUUUCAGCCACAAAAAACCAGUCUUGCAACGAGGUUUCAAAGGCGAUUCGGCUGCAAGAUAUCCGCCAUACACACCUGAAAAGCUCAAAUUUCUGAAAGCCCUGAUGAGUAGAAACAUGUUUCGAAUCCUUCGAGCCAUGCUCGGGUUGUAAGACUCGAUCGAAUCACAGCCAUUUGUAACCAGCUGCUAAGAACUUAUACACAUAGACUCGUCUGCAUACAACAACUCUGUACCGAUCAUACGUGUCUCUGCACACUAAAUUACCAUAGAAAAGAAAUACGAAUACGAAGAUAAAC